AGCCACCAAGGUUGCAGUGGUGUUUUAAUCAUUAAAAGAUAAUAAGGGGACUGUGAACUUUGCCCAAAGUAUUUAGUUUUUGUUUUUGCAUCAAUUAAAAUGGCCCUAAAUAAUUUAUGUAAGUCCAGAAAAUUAGUUUCUGCCCUGCGAAGCAAAUUCUACAGUUCCACCGGGAGCUUAGUGAGUGUCGAGGUGAAUGAUCAGAGUGGCAUCGCCCUGGUGAACCUACAGAGGCCCCCAGUGAACAGUCUGAACCUUGAACUCCUCACCAGCUUCAAAGACACCUUAAAGACCCUGGAAAAGGAGAAAAGCAGGGGGGCAAUAAUCACCAGCCCAUUUAAAACAUUUUCGGCCGGGCUGGACAUCAUGGAGAUGUACAAUCCGGACCCCAAGAGGGCCAAAGAGUUCUGGAUCACCUUACAAGAUGUCUGGAUCGCCUUAUAUGGUUCCAGUUUCCCCACAGUAGCUCUGAUAAACGGCCCAUCCCCUGCAGGAGGCUGUUUACUCUCAAUGUGUUGUGAAUAUCGAAUAAUCGUGCCAAAAACCGUCAUAGGACUGAACGAGACCCAAUUGGGCAUCGUGGCCCCCUCCUGGUUCGCCGACACAAUGGAAAACACCAUCGGGAAAAGAACGACCGAACUGGCCCUCACCACUGGCAAACUGUUCACCAGUGAGGAGGCCUUGAAGGUGGGAUUGGUCGAUGAGGUGGUGCAGAGUAAGGAGGAAGGGUUGGAGAGGGCUCGAGGGUUCUUAAAUCGCUUUGCCAAGAUUUCUCCGAUGGCCAGGAGCAUGUCCAAGCAGAUCGUGCGAGGGGAGACCAUUCAGAAGUUGGUGAAAAAUCGGGAGGAGGAUUUGCAGCUGUUUCUGAACACUAUUCAGCAGGAGGAGGUGCGGAAGGGGUUGGGGAGGUACAUAGAGGCCCUCAAGAAGAAACAGACUGCUUAAGGAUAGAAGGGGAAUAGUUUAAUUAAAUCGUUUAUGUUUAUUUCAGAUCGUUUCACCCUCUAUAUAGAGUUUUUUUUAUAAAUUUGUAAAUAUUUCAUUUAA